AAAAACACCUAAAAUUCUUUGCUGUAUAGAUCUGUUUUUGAUUUUAGGAACCUCAAAUUGUCAUACAAUGAGUGAUUUCUGAAGUGGGUUUUCAGGGAUACAGAGAAAUGAGGUUAUUGAAAAAAGAGAUUUUUGAUGAAUGGGUUCCGUUGAUAACAAGUUUUGUUCCAGAAACAUUACUCGAGCUAUCAAAAAACGAGUUAACUGAAGAACUCAGUUUGGUUUGGAACAUAUUAAGAAGCUCAUUCAUAGCUCCGGUACUAAGAAUACUAGUUUACACAUGUCUGGUUAUGUCAAUUAUGUUGUUCACCGAGAGAUUAUACAUGUCACUAAUCAUACUCUACGUCAAACUGUUCGGUCGGAAACCCGAAAAGCGGUACAAAUGGAAACCAAUUACGGACGUCGACGGGAACAAUGGCGGCGGCGAUAGUAGCAGCGACGUUGAGAAAGGUACAUCAUCAGAUUACCCGAUGGUUCUUGUUCAGAUCCCAAUGUACAACGAAAAAGAGGUUUAUAAGAUGUCAAUUGGAGCUGCAUGUGGACUUUCAUGGCCACCGGACAGGAUUAUAAUUCAAGUCCUUGAUGAUUCUACUGACCCUAUUGUCAAGGAUUUGGUACAAAUAGAAUGUCAAAAAUGGGCAGAUGAAGGGAUCAACAUCAAAUAUGAGAUUAGAGAUAAUCGAAAUGGGUAUAAAGCUGGAGCUCUUAAAGAAGGUUUCAAAUGCAGUUACGUUGAGGCGUGUGAUUUUGUUACAAUCUUCGAUGCUGAUUUUCAACCUGAUCCGGACUUCCUCCACAAAACCAUUCCGUAUUUUAUACACAACCCUGAAAUUGGUCUAGUUCAAGCGCGAUGGGAAUUCACGAAUGCGCGCGAAUGUAUAAUGACAAGAAUUCAACAAGUGUCUUUGAACUUCCAUUUUAAGGUGGAACAAGAAGUUGGGUCCUUUACAUAUGCCUUCUUCGGUUUCAAUGGCACUGCUGGAGUUUGGAGAAUUGCAGCUAUUAACGAAGCUGGAGGGUGGAAUGGACGCACAACGGUUGAGGAUAUGGACCUGUCUGUCCGUGCCAGUCUCAAGGGAUGGAAGUUCGUCUAUGUUUCUGAUAUCAGGGUUAAAUGUGAACUGCCAAGCACUUUCAAAGCUUUUCGUUAUCAACAACAUAGAUGGUCAUGUGGACCUGCUAAUCUAUUCAGAAAAAUGUUCAUGGAGAUCAUCAGGAGCGAGAAAGUAAGUUUGUGGAAGAAGAUUCAUGUGAUAUAUAGCUUCUUCUUAGUUCGAAAGAUCAUAGCUCACAUUGUGACCUUCUCCUUUUACUGCGUUAUAAUUCCUACGUGCGUUCUAUUUCCUGAAGUCGUAAUACCAAAAUGGGGUGCUGUUUAUAUACCCUCUGCCAUAACUAUUCUCAAUGCUGUUGAAACACCACGGUCUAUCCACCUACUUGUUUACUGGAUUCUUUUUGAAACUGUCAUGGCUAUGCAUCGUAGCAAAGGAACAGUUAUAGGUCUACUGGAAACAGAUAGAGUGAACGAAUGGGUUGUAACAGAGAAAUUAGGAGAUGCUCUACUCAAAUCCAAAAGUUCGGAUAAUCUACCAAUUAAACCAUCAGAGAAACCUCCACUGUUAGAAAGGAUUUACUUGAUGGAGCUCUUCAUGGGCGGGUACAUUUUCUUAUGCGGAUGCUAUGAUGUUGCAUUUGGGAAGAACUGGUUCUUCAUAUACUUAUAUGCACAAGCCAUGGCCUACUUUAUUACUGGGUUAGGUUAUGUCGGCACCCGCAAACCGAAUUCAUAGCAGGGGAAAGUGUUGAAUAAUGGUACACAUCACUAUUCUCAUCAUCUGUAAACAUUCUCUAUAUCAUCAUUUCUCUAACACCAUAAGCUCGUUAGAUUUAUUAAUACUAGUUAGUAUAUCAUAUACUUCAGGAUUAGACUAGCAAAGUAGGAUAGAUGGUGAAGUUUUCAGUUGCUUAGCUUUUUAUACGAUUCUUUCAACUAUCAAUUGUAAUUGUGCACAAAUAUUAAAAUUUUCAUUAUAAAUAAAAAUCA